AUGAAUACUCACGCCAAGCGCAAGCUCUCGUCUCUCACCAGCGCCGAAGCGUCUGCGUUACUCAGUGCCUUGAAUGAUUGUUACCAGCGCUUCGAACAUCUGGAUCUGGAAGCUUUGGACGGGCUUCAUGAUACAAUCGCAAGUUUACAGCUGCGGCUGCGCCACAUUUCCUUGACCAAGGUCACGGAGAACUCUUUGGAAGUGUGCGGCAUACAAGCGGCCUCGCCGCCCGUUCUGCGAUCGACCCUUGGGCAGUCUGAGACGACAUCGCCUCUCAUUAGAGAUUCUAGGAUAGCUGGCGGCGAUAAACCUGUGUCGUCUGACGGACUGGACAAUCUUCUGGCACGGAUCGACAAAACCUUCUUCACUAAGUCGGCCAACGGGGCAAAGCUAGUUACGGAUAUCGUCUUACUACGCGUCGCUACCAUGCUGGAGAGCAGCAAUCAGCCCGUCGAAAGCAUCGAGCCUACUCGCCCGUCCUCCAGUCCGCUCAAACCCUUGGCACUCGCGGGUGAAGGUUAUGCCCCGCAUACCCCGCGGUCGAGCAUUUCUUCUAUGCCGCGUUCGCGGUCAUCUUCACCUGUAUCGCGCCACUCGUCGCCGUCGAGGCACGUUCGAGGAGCGUCGCAUCGUUCCUCCGCUGACCCGGCGCUCUUUGUCACCAUUCCUCCAUCUCGCUCGCCAUCUCAGGAUGCCGCCCCGCAAUUGAUUGUACUCCCCGACUUCGUUAUCCCUCUCACGAACCUACCUGCGACAAUUGACGACCAGGACUCAGACAUCACAGUCAGCGGCGUCUGCGACUACCUGAUUGCCUUAGUUCCGCCAGACAUCGGACCUGGACUUCGUGAUCGCCCUCAGUUGCUUCGAAACGAGGUACCUGGCGUGACCUGCUUCGCAGUCUUCCAAACCAAGUCCAGCUCAGGAACGGAGCUCGAUGUUCUCCUGCCAAAGGCCGUGCUUGCAGUGGCGGCAUUCGUGAAGAGGCAAAAGAAGCCCUCCAUGCGCGGUGCCGUAACUUCUGGGAAGGAGUGGAUGUUCUUCGUCUACAAUACAGCGCACGACGGUCGUGGUGGGUCAUAUCGUACCUCCCCGAUACUCUCCUUGGACUCCGUAGAGGAACGAGAUGUCGUCGUAGGAUUACUCAAGUCAUGGAUUGAGAGGGGAUACGAGGAUGUGGAUGAGACUGAGUUGUUCUGGUGA